UUCAGCGGCAGGAGGCUCUGCUGAAGGGAGGAGUAGAAAACGGAGCCAGGGAGAACGAGAGAGAGAGAGGACAGGGAAAGAAAGGAGAGAAAAGAAGGGAGAGUCUGUCAUGAGGACAGAGAGGGGGAAGGAGGAGAGGAAAAUAAUUAUAAUCUGUCUGAAAAAAGGACCAAAGAUCCAAGAACUGUGUUUUGGUUGCCUUUUUCUGUUUUCUCUUGACAAGGACAAGGGGACCGAGAGGAAUACUAUUUUUUAUCCUUGCUGAUGCUUUUCUCAAUGCUCUCAUGCAGGAGGCAUGCUCAGAAGUAGUGUGAAAGGAGGCAGAGAAGGAGAUUUAAAGAUGGAACGGGCGGAAAGUACCAAAACGUACGGCCAYGCAGAGGGCAAAGCUGUUGGCGUGGCAGCCAAGAGGGGCAAGUCGGGGAUGCCCCAGAGUGCCCAGCGAGGGGAACUGAGGGUGUACCGUGCAGGUAGCUCUGAAGGGCGGCUGCCUGUGUCCUCCAACCUUCGCAAGCAGAGGUCCCUGACCAACCUGGCCGUGCUCACCGAUGCAGAGAAGAAGAUGCACCUCUACGAGCCCAAGUGGUGUGAUGACAUGGCCAAGCCUGGAGCGGGGCAUCUCAAGACGGGCAAGCCCAAGCUGGCAGGAGGGGGUGGCAGUGGCGGAGGAGGGGGCGCGCCACUCUCACGCAACCUCUCCAAGUCAGAGCACUCUCUCUUCCAGGGCAAACCCAAACCCUUCAGCCCACUGGCGGCUCCUUCUGGCCUGGUCAGACCCGGUCAGAGCCGGAUCCCUAGGGGUCCCUAUGCAGAGGUGAAGCCCCUGAGUAAGGCCCCUGAGGAUGGCAAAUCUGAUGAUGAGAUCCUCUCCAGCAAGGCCAAGGCUGUCAACAAGAAGCAGGUGGCGGGAGCUUCUGGGGAGGCAGGGGCCAAGGGCCAAGGGGAUGGGAGCCAGUCCUUCCUCAAGGUGGAUCCAGAGCUGGUAGUGACUGUCCUUGGUGACCUGGAGCAGCUUCUCUUCAGCCAGAUGCUGGACCCAGAGUCUCAGAGGAAACGCACGGUGCAGAACGUCCUUGACCUCAGACAGAACCUGGAAGAUACCAUGUCCAGUCUACGGGGUGCCCAGCUCAGCCAUGGCUGUCUGGAGAGCAGUAAUGUUUGCUAUGACAGUGACGAAACCAACGCCCGCAGCAUGUCCAGUCUGUCCAAUCGCUCGUCUCCUCUCUCCUGGCGCCACGGUCAGUCCAGCCCCCGGCUGCAGGCUGGAGACGCCCCCUCGUCCACGGGCAGCGGCGUGUACCAUGGGGGAAAGGCCGGGUCCCAGUAUACGGCCCACACCAUGCCUGCCCGAGUCUCCAGCCGUCUCAGCCACUCCUCCCGAAUCGAGCUCAUCGAAGGACUGGAUGUGGACGAUGCUGACCUCAAGUCUGGUUACCUGAGCGACAGCGACCUGCUGGGAAAGAGCAUGCCAGAGGAUGACGAUGACAACCUAGCCAAUGGUUGGGAUGAGAGCAGCUCCAUCAGCAGUGGGCUCAGCGAUGGCUCUGUAGACAACCUCAGCUCUGAGGAGUUCAACGCCAGCUCCUCCCUCAACUCCCUGCCCACAACACCCCUCGGCUCCAGACGCAACUCCUCUGUCAUGCUCCGCACCGAUGCUGAGAAGCGCUCCCUGGUGGAGAGUGGCCUGUCCUGGUACAGCGAGGAUGCCAAGGCUGCACGCAAGAUGGACGGGAGCACCUACGAGACAGGGAGCCUCAAAACCGAGACCCCCAGCAAGUGGAGGAAGUCCUCCAGACCCAUGGAGGGUGCUAGUGAGGACGCGGGGGUCAAGGGGGAACUGAGGAAGCCCCAGAGCCUGGGUCAGCCAGGGACCUUUAAAAAGGGACGCAACCCCCCUGUGGGCGUGACCUCACCCAUCACGCACACCUCUCAGAGCGUCCUGAAAGUGGCAGCACCAAAGAGCGACCACAAGGCGGUGGACAAGACCAAGAUGUCUGUGAAGGCUGCUGGGCUGCAGCGCUCCCGUUCCGACGCAGGGAGAGAACACCUCCCGGAGCACCGGGAACACCGAAAGCCCCCGUCAGGCCUGGUCAAGCCUUCCGCCGGGGCCUCGUUCGGCUACAAGAGGUCCCCGACUACCGGCAGUGCCACCGUCAUGACAGUGGGGGGCAGCACCAUCUCUAGUGGCUCUGCCACCGUGGGCAAGAUUCCCAAGUCCUCUGGCAUCCCUGUGAAGCCGAUGGGAGUAGGAGGGGGAGGAAAAGGGGGGCGCAAGAACAGCUUUGACGCCACAGGCAGUGAGGAGGGGGGCUUCCUGGGGCCCAACGCCCGUAACAGCCUCCAGUACCGAAGCCUGCCGCGCCCUGCCAAGUCCAGCACCCUCAGCCUGAUUGGCCGCCCUGGGUCGGCCCGGCCUGCCAGCAGCAGCAUCGACCCCGGCCUGCUGAGCCUGAAGCCUGUCUCCAUGGCCUGCCCUGGCCCCAAGAGGAAAGAGCCCGGCAGUGGAAGCACUAAGGGGGCCAGUCGAGGAGGGAGCACAGGCCCUGUCAACCAGACAGACCGGGAGAAGGAGAAGGAGAGAGCUAAGGCCAAGGCAGUGGCGUCUGAUAUGGACUCCCUGUGUGGCUCCCUGAAGAUGGAAGACUGUCAGGGGGAUUCUACAGGGGAGGCCAGCACCAAACUGCAGGGACUGCGGAGGGCCAGUAGCAGCAAAUACCCCGAGCUCUCCUCGCCCACCAGUCAGAGGAUGCUGAGCUGCAAGUCUCUGGGUCGGCCGCCCAGCCUUGCCCACUUGGACAAGGUCAACUCCAACAGCCUGGACUCGUGCGUGACCAUCCAGGACCUCCCUCCUAAAGUGCCCCCUUACUCUAAGCUCCAGGACCUGGCCGGGUCUGGGUCACGCAGCCCGGCCCCCCGGGGCCUCACCCCUAGCCCAGCCCCCAUCCUGCACUUGGAUUCCCCCAGCUGCUACCCCAGCCAGACCUUGUCCCUGGGGGGCUCUCCGUUGCUGUACCCCAAACUYUCUGGCCUGCACCGCAGCAUGGAGUCCCUGCCCCUCACCAUGAGUGUUCCUCCCAGUGGAGGAUAUAUCCGGGCAGAGUCCCGAGACAGGGACAGGGAUAGGGAGGAGAUGAGGGGCACAGGGACCUGGGUUGCUGGGAGCAGGACCUCCCUCAAUCUCCCAGACAGUUUGCAAACMGACAGGAACACCUUACCUAAGAAAGGAUUAGGGUAUGUCAAUCGCUACAGCUCUGGUCCGUCUGAGGGUCAGUCAGAGGGGAAGGAGAGGCGUCACUCCCACACGGCAGUGAGCCUGACAGAGAGCGAGAGCCCCCCUCAGCUGCCUUCUCCCACCCACAUGCCCCAUCUUUCCUCUGGCAAGGCCGUCCUCACUAACGUGGUUUCCCCCAUCCCGAGCGGUACCUGUGUCCCCAGGAUAACCCGCUCCAACAGUAUCCCCACCAAUGACGCGGCCUUCGACCUGUAUGGCUCCUCUCCACUGGGCAGCAGCGUGUCACUGGCCGACCGGCCCAAGAGCAUGAUGCGCUCUGGAUCCUUCCGUGACCGCGAGCCCACGGAUGACUGUGAGACAGCUAGCACAUUCCAUGGCUCCGUCCUGUCCUUGGCAUCCAACGCUUCAUCCAACUAUUCCUCUACCGAGGAGAGGAUACAAGGAGAGCAAAUCCGCAAGCUGAGACGCGAGCUGGAGAACUCCCAGGAGAAAGUGGCCAACCUGACCACCCAGCUGUCUGCCAACCUAGGCCAGGCUAAUUUGGUAGCAGCAUUUGAGCAGAGCCUGCAACUGAUGACGUCACGUCUGCAGAGCCUGUCGGUCAGCCAGGAGCAGAAGGUACCGGACUCUGAGCUGACUGAUCUGAAGGAGACCAUAGAGAUUCUGAAGACGAAGAACACAGAGGCACAGGAUAUCAUCCAUGUGGCCCUCAGCAACCCUGACAUCACUCCUAAAGAGRUGCAGAUGAAGAGGCAGAACUCGUCCGAGAGCAUCUCCAGCCUGAACAGCAUCACCAGCCACUCCAGCAUGGGCAGUCUGAAGGAGCAGGAGGCCAAGAAGAAGAAGAAGAGCUGGGUCUUUGAGCUGAGGAGUUCCUUUAACAAGGCGUUCAGUAAGAAGGGGUCCAAGCUCUCUGCGUCAUACGCUGACAUCGAGGAGAUCGCCACGCCAGACUCCUCUGCACCCUCCUCUCCUAAAAUCCCCAUCCACCACYUGGACAGGGAUGUCGAGGAAGAUGGAAAUGGGGACAACCCUCCCUCCAUGAUGAGGUCCUCUGUCUCUYCGUCUUCCUCUGGACUGUGUGAAGGAGGCGAGGAGCCCCCGGAGGAUGAGAAGGUGGUGACCACGCUGCGCUCGGCCCUCUGGGAGAAGGAGAGGAAGCUGACAGACAUCCGCUUGGAGGCCCUUAGCUCCGCCCACCAGCUGGAGCAGCUGCAGGAGGCCAUGAACAACAUGCAGAUGACAGUGGAGAACCUGAAGGCAGAGAAUGACCAGUUAAAGACAGGCGGUCCCUCCACCUCCACCUCCCAGUCCUCCGGCCUGGCAUCACUCGGCACCGCCUCGCCACGCCAAUCUGUUGCCAUGUCUCUGACCAAGACCUUCAGCAUGAGUCUGGGAGAGGGCAGCCCCUCUGACGUGUUCCAGACAGACACCGCUAGCCUCCCCUCUCACAGGGACGACACUCGUGUGAGAGUGGUGGUUCGCGUGGCCAAUCUGCGCGUCUUCAAAGAUGAGGUGAAACAGCAGGACUUCUUCAUCGGAACUGUGAGGGUUAACGGCAGAAUGGACUGGCCUAUGCUGGACUCGGCUGUUGGCCAGGCUUUUAAGGUAUACAUAGCCAAGGUGGACCCCACCUCCAGCCUGGGCCUUACUACAGACUCUGUCUACAGCUACAGUAUGAACCACAUCAGGAGGGUGCUGGGAGGGGAGCUGCCAGAGAGCCAGCCCUCACGCUGUGUCUCCAAGGGGCCCAGCAGCAUCACUGUCACACUCAAAGGUCUGAAGGAGAAGUGUGUGGACAGCCUGGUGUUUGAGACCCUCAUCCCCAAGCCCAUGACCCAACACUACAUCAGCCUGCUGCUCAAGCACCGCCGCCUCAUUAUGUCUGGGCCCAGCGGCACCGGCAAGACCUACCUCACUUCUCGCCUGGCAGAGUACCUGGUGGACCGCAGCGGUCGAGACCUCAACGACGGCAUUGUGGUCACCUUCAACAUGCACCGCCAGUCUUGCAAGGAUCUCCAGCUCUGCCUGUCCAACCUGGCCAAUCAGAUUGACCGGGAAACCAGCACCGCUGAAAUUCCAUUGGUGGUUAUCCUGGAUGAUAUACAUGAUGCCACUUCCAUCAGCGAGCUUGUCAACGGGGCCCUCACCUGCAAAUACCACAAAUGUCCUUACAUCAUUGGAACUACCAACCAGCCGGUGAAGAUGACCCCGAACCAUGGCCUGCACCUCAGCUUCAGGAUGGUGACCUUCUCUAAUAAUGUGGAGCCAGCCAAUGGCUUCCUGGUGCGUUACCUGCACAGGAAGUUGAUGGAGGCGGAGGACGAGAGGAGCCUGGCCAACGAGGACCUCCUCAGGGUGCUGGACUGGGUGCCCAAGCUGUGGUACCACCUGCACACCUUCCUGGAGAAACACAGCACCUCUGACUUCCUCAUCGGCCCGUGUUUCUUCCUGUCCUGUCCUGUGACUGUGGAGGAGUUCCGCUCCUGGUUCAUUGACCUUUGGAACCUCUCCAUUAUCCCCUACCUYCAGGAAGGAGCCAAGGAUGGCAUUAAGGUGCAUGGUCAGAAGGCGGUAUGGGAGGACCCAGUGGAGUGGGUGAGGGGCACCCUGCCCUGGCCCUCAGCCCAACAGGACCAGGCCAAGCUGUUCCACCUGCCUCCCCCCAGCAUGACCUCUGGAGGCCCAGGCCAGCCCAGCGAGGCCUCAGCCAGGCCUCUUAAUAAGGAGACCCCACCCAGCUCCAUGGACACCCUGGACCCUCUGAUGGCUAUGUUGUUGAAGUUGCAAGAGGCAGCCAAUUGCAUUGAAUCUCCGGACAGAGAAACAAUGGACCCCAGCCUCCCUACAUUUUGAACAUCAACUUCAACUGUAGACUCAAAACCUAGCCCUUCAAAUAGCUCUAAAUAUUUACCCCUAUGCGAGCUCUAGUAUAUUCAGGAACAAAAACUCCAAUAUAGUUUUCUGCUCCUUUUGGACCUUAUCUUUAAUCUCCGCAAACAACAAUCACACUACAUAUGGUUGAAUGAGAAGCCAUUUUGUUUUGAUGUUUUGAAAUUGUAUUCAAUCAUGCCAAGUCAUACCAACAGAUAUUAUAGUGAGAGAAAACAUUUUGAUUUCUUGAACUCGAGGUUAUAUUCAUAAUACACAAGUAUGAAGUCUCUCUUUCUUUCUACUGAAGCCUUCUCUCUAUCACUGCUACCCUCGAUAGAAACAGGUGCUAAAUAUCUAGAUAAUUAGUAUCACUCUUACUUUCGAAAUGUAUCCUCAUCUCUCAUUGGUCUAAGCAGGUGAUUCUUCCAACAGCAAAUUCAAAUGACAAAAUAGCACCAUUCUUGCUUGUCAACUUUUGCCCAACAACAGCAACAUGGCCUGCAGUGUGCAUGUAAAAUUAAGUCAGUUUGAGACCCGUUUUGGCUUAUUGGAAAGAGUAUGACGGCGUGUUGUAUGGCUUGUCAGGUUGUAUAGUCCUGGUCCUGAAUACAUAUCGAUCGAUCAAUCUUUGAAGGCCAAAUCUUAGACAUAUGCAACUCUUAUACAUAACCAGGUGAACUUGUUUGACUCUGUGACCAAACAUACUGAAUGCCUUAAUAAAUAUAUUCCUUAUGGUAACCUCAAGAUGAACAGCAGUAUACAACAGUGGUGCUUUGCUUUAUAACCAUCGCCGAGCAGAGUAGUGAGUGCCAGGACAUUGGCUUUUUACCCCCCCCACGCGUAGUUCAGUGUAGUCCUGCACACGUCCGUUUUUUGGCGCCGCACCCGCCCCGUCCACAUCAUUUCCGAGCCUCYCCUGAUAUCCGACAUCAGGACCGUUUUUUCUCUGCAUAGAGUUGUUCCAAGAGACGAUCCGUGACACUCCAAAUAACAUCAAUUUGUUUGACUGUUUUUAUGACUCCAGAGUAGUAAGGGAAAAGGGGGGAUACCUAGGAAGUUGUACAACUGAAUGCAUUCAACUGAAAUGUGUCUUCCACAUUUACCCCUCAGGCUAUUCCCAUUCCCCGCYGGAAUGAAUUUGUCUGUUCAAUGUUUGGAUAAAAUGAAACCAUGCCAUGAGUUAAGGCCUAUGUUCCUAUUUUCACAAUGCAAUGCGGCACAUUGACAACUCAAAUCGCUUUGAAUAGGAUCCUUCUAAUUAGCCUUCUUCUUACUUAACGAAAGCCUAUUAGCCGACAUAACAAAACAAUACCUUUACAUUCAAACGUAAGUAAACAUUUCCCAUAAUUGAAUAGGCUGUAGGUUGCAAAAAUAGCCUACAUUCAUUCAGUAGGCUAUUUACUACUCAAACGUUUACCAGCCUCACAGGAUGAAACUUUAUARGGCCUGCGUAUGGUCUAAAUAAAUGAAAGCCUGAAUUAUUGUAAUAAUGAACUUCUWUUAACUGAAUUAACAUCAACAAAUACCUGCUUGCACUUUUGCAGGCUGUAUCCAUACCGGGUUGUUGUCCUUGUCUACAAUGACUCCAAAUCCUUCCAGACRGGGGAUUUCACUCACGCAGCACCUGUUUCCAUGAUGGUGUAUUCCACCAUCAUAACCCUUUGAUAGGAAUGUGUUCAUUCCACCCGCCAGCUGAUUCUUUUUUGCAGGUCAACUGCGGGGAACCGUGGGUAGUUCAGGGUUGAUUUUAAUGUCACGUAACUAUAUUUGAGGGAUAAACAAUGUGUUCCAGGUAGUCUAGAUGGUGGGGAUCCGGCUUUCAUGGUCAAGCGAGAAAACAGGAUUGAACAGAGCAGCACACAGACACAUGGUUAUUUCCUUAUGGUUAAUAUCUUUACUUAUCAUUCAUUGCAAAAUUACAAACGCUGUCCACUCUAACCAACACAUUUAACGAUGUCAUCAGUACAUACUAAUUUCAGCUUCUGUGGUAUUAGUUCCUCAUUUUGUUGCGAGCAGCAUACAUUUUCAUUUAUUUGACUGAACUGACGAAGAUUUGAAAUCGAACUAUCUGUUUGAAGAUAAGGCCACGCCAGUACUACCCACAUAUAAAAUCAGGUAUUACUGAGAUUUUUGUUUUUGUUUGGAAUAACACUUAAGCAACUACUGUUUGCUUAUAGCUUAGAUAUUGUUUGGCUUUUAUUUUCAAUAUGGUGAGGUAUGCUCUAAUCUAUUCCACGACAUAAUUCGGUGUAGUUACUUUGCUCAGUGCUGUAUUUCCAAUAUCGAUUUCAGUUAUUUUAUCUACACUAGUUGCAUGGCGCAAAUAUCUAAUAUGCUGAACCAAAUACUUUACUGUAAUCUUGCAUAUUGACAGUCUAGUUUGGGGUCAGAGUAUAAAAGUGCUAAAAAUAAUGUACAUGUACAUUGAGAUCUUUUACUCAGUGUGGUAGCCGUAUAACAUCGCAGAUCAUCUAGGUGCUUUCGAAUAUAGCCUUUUCCCAAAGCUACGGUCUCAUUCCUAGUAGAAAACAUGUAUUUAGGCCUAUUACCAAGACGGGUGAGUGAACGUCAGUAUUUAGAGUUCUCUGUUGCACCCCACAAAUCCUUUUCGUCAGACACAGGUUAACUCUGRUAUUAACAGUCCUUCAUCUACUGUAGCAACCAAUGGUGCUCUCCCCUCUUUUUGACUGGUACUAUUGCUUUGCUCAUCUUUSGUUUAGGUAAUGACCGUUCAGACACACAGCAUAAAAUAGAAGAAACAUCUGUUUGCGCAUAGCAAUGAUCAAGGYCCAUUUCCCACUUCAGAGGCAUGGAAUAUAGAAAGAUCGGUUGAUCAAAACAAGAUAGAAGUCAAAGACAAUGUACAUCUUUGUAUAAUGAGGUAAUUUUAGAGUAUAGUGGGUUACAGUAGUGUUCUCAGAAGAUACAACUGGCCAUACUGGCGGYUGCUGAAACAARGUAGGAGAAUCAGUCUGUGUUUUGGACUCUUCACACUAAUGAUYUAUAAUCCCUUUAUCAUAAGUCACCUGUAUAUAAAGUGUCAUUUAAUYUCAGAUUGCUUUCUUUGUACAAUGGUUAUCACAACAGAAAGAAAUGGUGCACACUGUCAAAGGUCAUUAUUAAGCACAGUGCAACUAAACCGCCGCGAUGAAGUUAAAACACGGUACAUUCCCUUUUUACUUCAUUUUUUUUUUUUUUGUAUGCUUUUGCAUCAAACUGUUAAACGACUCCAUCUGAUGACUUGAAGCCAAUGGCUUUUGCUGCCUUGUGUGGUCACAUUUUUACAAAUUGAAUGGAAUCCUUGAUAAAUCCAUAUGUGUGAAAAGAUGCCCCUUUGGCCAAUCCAUUUCACAAUGACACCAUGGCUGCGUUUACACAGGCAGCGCAAUUCUAAUCUMUUGCCUAAUUAUUGUAGAAAGAGUUGAUCGGAUUGGUCAAAAGACCAAUAAGUGGGAAAAGAUCCGAGUUGGGCUGCCUGUGUAAACUCAGCCGACUAGACCCYUAUGAACCUUCUGUCAUCUUAAUGAAUAGCCUCAUUAACUACUCUGCAUUGUUUUACUAUUUAGAAGAAUAUAUUAUACCCCGUAUCUAUGUAUGCAAGCAAACAAARGCCAUUCUGCUCGUUCUUCAUCUCAUUCACUGGUCGUUGUGGCUGUUGCGCUGUAGUGGCUGUGCUGUGUGUUUUGCUAACUAUCUUUUGUAUCAGGACUAUGCAGCAACUUCUACUGGUGUUGGCAAUUAGAGAAAAGAAAACGGUCAAAAUUGUUCUGAAAGCUAACAAACCCAGUCUUGCCCCAGUCUUGCCCCAGUCUCGCAGUAAGUUGGACCAAAUGACGAUUAUGAGUUAAUUUUCCAAGCAGGGUUUGACUAUGCCUUAAUGUGAAUUUUGAUGCGAGUGUUGCAUUGAGACAGAGUGAGUAUGUGACCUUUGACAAUGGAAGGGAUGCUUUGUGUCAAACCUUGGUCCCACAACACACCACCUGACUUUGAAUUGGUGGUAAAAACCUGGGCUUUAGCUCAGUGGGCUAACAUACCCUUGUGGCGCACAGGAAACCUGGGUUUGAACUCAGGUCGGUCACAUGAGGGAUAUGAUGUGUAGGUUAUAGAGUUUGUUGUCCAAAGGUUUAGGCCUGUAUUGCAGUUGGGCACAAUUGAACUAUUAUCUAAGAUCAUAGUUCAACAUAAAAACUUGAUAAAAAAAAYAUUCUAAGAUAAAUCAAUGUUUUUUUUAUAUCAGGGUCUUCAAAAAAUCUUAAACAAAUCUGAAGCUCUUGGAAAUUAAGUAUUUCCACUUGAUGAAGGCCAAUACAGGUUGCUGAAUAGUCAUAAUUAUUUUUCAAAGCUUGUUAUUGACUCACAAUAAAAAUAUAAAAACUGUAAUGAUGGUAUCUAAUGUCACUGACGGGCAAAUGUGAUGGAUUUUUAAAUGUUGUAAAUGCAUGCCAAAUGAGUGUGUGAACAAAAUAUGUAAUAGCAUCAGCGUAUUGUUAGGGGUUCAUUCUAUAUAGAAAAUGCUUUUUCUUUUUAAUAUGCUGAUAUUUGAUAUUUCUUUUUCUAAGGAAUCCUUUGUAAAAUUUCAUUUAUCUAUUUUGUACAGGAUUUCAUAAUUGUAAACAUUGUAAAUAGUUCUGCAUACUGUAUGCGACAACAAUCAUUAAGGAAAACAAAUAACUCCAUAAAGGCCUAUUACCAGACUAAUAACUUAUCACUCCAGAGUUGAGCCCGAUACAUGGAGAGGUAGGCAUGCUUCUGAAAUGACAUUUUCAUCCACCUAUCGCUGUUCGUUCCAGUCAAUAAAAUCAUGUCAUAUAUGA